AUGCCUUGCUUCAAGGGAUUGGCGGUUAGCAUACACACUCCUGACGGUCCCCUUCCCGAGUACUCGGUCCAACGUCAAUCCCGAGCGUCUCGUAUCGCGUGCUAUAUCCCCGUCCCUCCGCCGAAGAUCUCCGAGACCACUGGCAAGCCGGAACAAUCGACCUUUGCCAUUUCAAUUACUCUCCUCAAUCCCGGGCAGAGCGUCCCAUACUCGACCCCGAAACCAACGCCGGAGAAUCCCAACCCGAAGCCUAAGAUUGUCGGUGGACUUCCCGGCCAGAGUGGCGAACGGGGCAAAUACACCAAUGUCGUUAGCCCGUACCAACCAUUGACAAACUCGCCGAACGAAACCGUUGCAGCCUACAUCUACUUUGACGGGCGACAGAAAGAGGAGGUGGCCACCCUGCUACGGCGAGGCGAGGAGACAUGGGUGAAUUCUCGAUGGGUCAGUGUGCCGGAAUCCGAAGGCGGCGGCCUGGCGGAACGAGAGUUCUUAUUCCGAGAAGUCGGCCUGGAGAGAUGGCUGAACGGGCUGGACCUCGACGGAAAGGACGCCGCGGCUAAGAUUGAGCGGAGAAGGCAGAAGAUGGAGAAACGGCGGCGAAAGAAGCAAUCUCAAGACAAAGACACGGGGGCGAUGGACAUGGAUUCCGCAGCACCAUCAAAAGGCGGAAAGGGGGUCAUGCGGUACGGGAACGACGAGAAGUCACCGCUGGAGAAUGUGUCAGAUGAUGAGCUGUCGUCCCUGUCGGAUUCGGAUGAUGACCCGAUCCCGGAGUCGGCGGGUCAGAUCAAAGUCGCCUUGUUUCGAGUACUGGCGUCCGGGGAGAUCAAGCGGGGAGAAUACUCGCCGCAGUUUGACGCGCAUGACGAUGAUGAUGAGUCCUCGAGCGGACAGGUCGGCAAUGGGGACGCCGAUGUCGAUCAUACCACCAGCUUCGCAAAGCCCAAGACUCUAGAUCCGAAGACCAUCAGCACGCAAACGGUGACUGGGAUUGAUCCUACGGAUAAGCCGUACGCGAUUUUCACGUUCAUGUACCGGGGGGAACGACAAUUGCAGAAGAUGGGGAUCUUGAAACCCAAAUCGGAAAAAGAUGGCUCCAAGCGCAAGUCACUGCAACCAGACUUCUCCAAUCUGGCCCCUCUUAAGCCCGGGGGUGCAGUGGGUUUCUUGAACUUCCGCGAAGGGGAUAGCAACAAGUCUGGGAAGAAGUCCAAAAAGGGGAACGAGAGUGAUAUGGACAGCGAUGACGAUGAGGACGACCCGGUUGUCAACAAGGCGGAAGAGGACGAGACCAAAGAAGGGCAAACCAAUCUGACGGCUGACGACAUCCGGCGUCAGGGCGAGUUGGCGGAGGGGGUGCGGAAGAUCAAGCUUAAACGUCAACACUCUACAGAUGCGAUAGGGGAUCCUGCCACCAAUUCCAACACCCCGGCGUCAGGAUCUACGCCUCCCGCAUCCACCAGUCUCUCAACAACGCCGCCUUAUAUAUCUACUUCGGGACCUGCAGACCCCUCGAGCCAUGUGCCAGACUUGAUGACCGGUGAAUAUGUCGGAAGUCCGCUGAAGAAGCCCCGAUCGAGCGUCUCCGGUGGCGAUGAAAAUGACCUGCGGAGACGGCUGGGAUCGGGAGUCGCGUCGGCCACUACUGGAGAAGGUGUUGGAUCAUCUACCAGCUCGGGCAGCACGGGAAAUCCGGCUGCCAAUACGGCGUCUGUCGGCGGAACCACAGGCAGUCAUUUUGGGAGCAGCGUGAAUAAAAUGGACACUGCUCCAACUUCUGCACCGCAGCCACAGGAGGAGGAGGAGUUAUGA